AUUUCGUCUUUCCAGUCUAUUUGGAAGGACGGUCACAUCAACCAAAGAUCGUUGGUCGCUACUAAUCUCGAGGCGGAGCUGUCUGGCCUGCUGUAAAAUGGUCGGAAGCUCGUCUGCAACAGAUGUCUACUAUCCCGGAUCCCCAUCAUACAUUGCGGACAACAAGCACUACUCAUCAAGCUCGCAACCCUCCAAAUGCACCCUCGAACCUAGGUCUGUUGAAGAUGCAAGACAAAGACGCCGUUUGGUGUACGUGUCGACACGCCACGAAUCAAGGAUUUUCCUCAGCGACCGGUGUCAAGAUCGCUAUGACAUGCUUCGACGAGGUCACGUACGACUCUAUGACACAGACGGCGAUGGUCCGGGCUGGGGAAGGGCAAAGGGGAUUUUUCAGGGCGGCGGCGACAACUAUUGUAUCAUCCCUCGGUUUACCCUAAGGACGUUCCCACAGGGUACCAUUUGGGUAUGCCCGCCUUUGGAGUAUCAGUAGAGACGACUGACUAGCUUCUGCAGGGAUCCAUCUACGUCAAGUUCUGGUCAGAAGUCGCCAAUCCCAGACCUGCAAUACUCAUCAUAUUCGUAUACACCAGCACUCAGUCUUUCAUC